AAAUGCGCAGGUGAGCUGAACACUGAAUUCUAGUCGUCGGGCGUCGACAAAAAUAUCGUGACUCGUCGUGUCUCGUCUCUCGUCUCGACUCGUCAGUUGUUCGUCUGUCUGUCUGUCUCUGUCGUGUAUGCGCAAAACAGUUAACAACGACACCAACAGCAACAGAAACAUCAACUGUCGCAGCAACACUUGUGUGUGUGUAAAUUGCGUAUACGCUGUGUGCGCUUAUAGAACAUUCUGUUGAUUCAAUUGUGACUAAAGCUGACCUUAAAAUUACUUUAAAUUUGCCACUGUUACCUAAUCGCAUUAAAAAGCGGACGAAAAAAACAAAGCGAAAACAGCGAAAAAUAAACAAAACCCCCGCAGUCACAGCUGUUGGCAGCCAACGCACGAGAUACAAAUACGUGUCUCAAAAAUUCCAAAGCAAACAUAAAAGAUAAACAAUAAUGUGAAUACACACAUACUUAAAACUAAAUUAAUAUUGUAACUACUAUAACUUGAGCAUUGGUUGUGGAUUGAAAAGCUAUACUCCAUACUCUGGCUAACAAGAAAUAAGUAUAGAGAGACAAAAAAAAAAAAAAAAACAAAGAGAGAGAAACAGAACACAUUAAGACACAAAGACAGUUAAAUAUAAUUAGAGAGCGGGAGAGUUGGUAGUGAUAAACACUAUCAGGCGACUCCGAGCAUAAUGGCCGACGAAGAUCUCAGCCCGCUGCCGUUUCGGCGAGAGCGCAACUUGAGCAACCGGAACUUCAACAAGCGCAACACUCUGCGUCGCAGUAGUAACGUGGAUGCGGAGAACGCCGGACGACGCGACAGCAACGUUAGCACCAGUUCCAGUUCCUUUCAGCUCUCCUACUCGGUCAACUCGGAUACGGAGAGUGCGUUCAACCGACGCUCAGUGCUUAAAAUGCGAGCGGCCAGCGAUGAGACGGGUGAACAACAACCCAAAACUCCUUCCCAACCCGAUGAGGAACCAAUGACACCAACCACUCCCACGGCGGAUCCUGCUCUGUUGGAUGUGCGACAGAAGGUGAAACGUUUUGAGACUCUUAAAUCCAACAUCAGCUACUUGCGGCAAGAGCGACUGAGUCUGAAGUUGCUCGAGAAUCGUCGCGUUCCCAGCUUCUCGCAAUACGAUGGGAGCGCGCAGCUCAAAACUCCUCCCACACCACGUCGGAUUGCCUUGCCGGGUCUUAGCUCCGGCAGUAAUUCCAUUUCUAGUGCACACGUCAGCAUUGACGAGGUGCGAUCCGAGGAUGAGGUUGAUCAGAUCUCUGACUUCGAGACGGAUCCCCAAACGCCAGCGGAACAUGAACUUAAGGAGAGCAGCUCCGCAGUGCUGAACAGUUCCAUUGAACCCGAGGAGAACAAAUCCCAGCACGUGCAGCGUUCGAUAAGCGCGGAUCACACACACAAGACUCGGCCGCUGCGACCCGACAAGGAUUUCCCAAGAAACUAUCGUUCUACUCCGAGAAGGAAGACUGAAAUCAUUGGAACAACAAACCAUCAACUGGUUGAUAAAUUUCAUUCACUCUACCAGCCCAAAGAAGAAGAGGAUGAUGUGGAAAUUGAGCUGCGUGAUAAGAGCGACAAAUGUGUGCAUCCAAUUCUGGAAGAGCUCAUACACACCGAAGAGGCCUAUGUGAAUAAUCUCUUUACUGGCUUGGAGAACUACGGCAAUAUAUUCCAGCGCAAGGACUUGCCUCUGGGACUGCGUGGCAAGAAGUACGAUCUCUUUGGCAAUAUUGAGCAGAUCUAUGAAUUCCAUCGCGAUGAGUUUUUGCCCAUGCUGCAACGCAAUCGCCGUGAUCUUAAACGUCUCUUUGACGAAUUCCUAGUAUUUUUAGAUCAAGACUGCUUUUAUGGUUAUGUGAUCUUUACGAUGAACAAACAGAAGUCCUUAAAGCUGUGCGAUCUUUAUAAGAAUUACUUUACGAGCAUUCGCCUGGAGCGUGAUGACAAGCUGGGCAUCAACAGUUUCCUUGUUCAGCCAAUUCAGAGAAUGGCGCGUUAUCCACUGCUCCUAACCCAGUUCAUCACUACUUUCUUCAAGAAUCGCGACAUUGUGAUGAAGCCACUUAUUGAGUCCUGCUGCCGUCUGGAGAAGCGAUUGCGCACAUUGUUGACCACAACGAAUGAAUCGGAAAUUAUCAAUGAUAUUGUGGAUUGCCAUGAGUUCAAUGUGUACUAUCAGGGCAAGUUUCGCAAGGUCAGCGAGUUCCAGGUGAUGGAUCAAAAGCUCAAACGCAACUAUCGUGCCAAAGUGUUUAUAUUUGACAAGUGCAUCAUUUAUACGGAGAUAAAAGGCAAGCAUCUGGUCUUCCAUGGUCGUUAUCCAUGCGAGCACGUUGGUAUCUCGGCCAGAACAAAAUCGUUUACACUCUACUAUGAGCGCCGCAAGCAACAGGAAUGCGAAUUCACCGCUGAUCCGGCACAGAUUCAGCUCUGGUUGGAUCUGAUACGCGACAUGAUCAACAACUAUGCCAACGAGGAGCGUCUGAAGCUGCAAGAGCGCUAUUCGCGUGAGAACGAUCAUCUGCAUCGCAAGGCACCGAGUUUCUCACUGUAUCGCGACUCGAAUCGCUUUAGCUCGGACAGUGGCAUUGGCAACAUAUGGAUAAUGCCCAAGCCUGAUGAGGACACCGCCAGCAAUCGAACCACUUGGUAUGCGGCCUCGUAGACAUCGAUGUAUACGGAGAUCUGAUCUCCGAUUGGUUCUGCGUGCUUUUAAGAGCCCAAAUUGCCCUAUAUGAAAUAUGGAGUUCAAUUUCCUGGGCUCCUUCCUCUCCCCCGAUCCCAGACUGAUCCUGAACAGCCUGUGCAUUGAGCCAACAACAUUUACCUGAAAGAAAUGUGGAAAGGAAAACAUUGUUGCUAUGUUUAAUUGUGCCCCAAAUUUGUUAUAAUUGUUAAGUUACCAAAUUCCAAAAAAAAAGAAAAAAAAAAACAA